AUGAACAUACCAAUGAAAGCAUCAACAGCAACAAUCACAGUACAAACCACAACAAUGAUCAAUAACUUAGAUGAGCUUCAUCAUGUCUACAUUGUGAAUAACAAUAAAAUUGAUAAUCCUGUUGAUCAAAAUCAUGGAUUUAAUGUUCCAUCAAAUAAUGAUAACCAUAUUGAUGUAAAUAAUGAUAAUAAUUUGGAUCAAGGUAAGGAUAAUAAUAAUAAUAACAAACUCGACUCAAGUAAUAAUGAUGAAGAAGAUAUGAAACUUAAUGAAUGGUUUUCUGAAUGUAUUUUUCAAAAUGCUUACAAAGUUUGUGCAUAUCUUGAUUAUAUUGAUGUUAAUCUUAAGGAUAUAUUGCUACCAUGGGAUUCAGAUAUGAAUGUUGAUGUUGAUCGUGUGCUUUCUCCUUGGGAUGUAAAUCAUGAAAAUAAAUAA